CUUCAUGUUACUACUACCAUAUGUGCCAAACACAUAACCUUUUCUGAUAAUAAGGAUCAGCUCCUUUGGCAACCGAAUAGUAAUGGUAAUUUUAGUUUUAGCAGUGCCUAUGAUGUCAUGAGAAAGAAUACUGAUCUUAAUAGUGCUGCCAAGUACAUCUGGAAUGGUGGUACUCCCAAAAAGAUCUCCUUCUUCAUGUGGAGAUUAAUCAACAAUAUUCUGCCUUUUGAAUAUAAUUUAAAAAAAAUCGGGAUCAUUGGUCCCUUUAAAUGCCCUUUUUGUAAUCAUGAGGACACUAUUGAUCACUAUUUUAUGCAAUGUCACACCAGCUCCCGAGUCUGGUUACACUUUGGUAAUAUUCUAAAUUUCCAAAUCAACCUGUCCUCCUCUCUCAUCCCUUUUCUUCACUUGUGGUAUAAUGAUUAUAAAGGCAGUGUUCGGGAGCUUAGUUUUAUCAUUCCUAAUCUUAUUUGUUGGCAAUUAUGGAAGAUUCGUAACAACCUUCUGUAUGAUGAUAACACCACCUCAUAUGUUGAGGCUGUUGCUGCUAUAACUAAUGAACUAUUCCAGCUUUCGGUUGCCAAACCUCUCAGCCGCCUUAAUAAUCACCUCCCUGCUAUUAAUAUAUGUACUGUUCCUCGUACCAAUAAACCCCCCAUUAAAGGACAGUGGCUCAAGCCUCCUGCCUCCUUUAUCAAGAUCAGCCUUGCCACUAGACCUCUCUCUGACUCCAUCCUUCGUACCGGCAUUUUGAUUCGUAAUGCAAAAGGGGUCUAUAUUGCACACUCCACCU